AUGUCGAGAUCCCCAGCAAAUGACGAAGUGGACACUACCGCCGAGGAAAGAAUCAGCGCAAUGCUUGGUUAUCAAUCAGCGCUGAAAAAUCCCCAUGUGUCGGACACCGCCAAGCAAGAGGCCACCGACUUGCUCAACAAUGAGUUGGGCUGGGAUGCGCCCCGACGAGAAAAUCAUGCGCCCGGCGACCAUCACCCGGCGAGCGUCGAGGCUAGCACACGAGCUCUGAAUACGCAAGGCAUAGCUCAUAAUGAGAAGCGAGGCGCAGAACAUUAA